CCUCUUGCCCUCUGUGUCGGCCCCGCUCGUCGGUAGCCCCUUCUCCAUUUGUUGCCCGAGUCGACGCACCAACCGCACUCGAGAAAACCUCCCCUUUCUUUCUCUUGUCUCUGAGCAAGGGAGGAGCUCUUUGGGACUCUUUCGUCCGGGCUCCUCCGUGGGGCGGCAGGGAGAUGGAUUUGGUGGCUCAGGGCGGGCGGCGGGCGCGGCGGAGGCUCCUGGUGGUGGCCGUUUUCUUGCUCUACCUGGUGACCUCCGCCCACUGCCUGGACGCCGAGAGGGCGGUGUCGGGAAGGAGGAAGAAGAAGGCGAAGCACGAGAUCAAGGGGCCGAUCAAGACCCUGGUUGUGCUGGUGAUGGAGAACCGGUCGUUCGACCACAUGCUGGGUUGGCUCCGGACCAAGGGCGGCCGCCCAGACAUCGACGGUCUCACCGGCCACGAGUACAACCGCCUUAACGCCUCCGACCCUUCCUCCCCGGAGGUCUUCGUCUCCGAUGGCGCCGCCUACGUCGACUCUGACCCCGGCCACUCCUUCCAGGCCAUCCGCGAGCAGAUCUUCGGUUCCGAGGACACCGCCGCCGUGCCCGCCCCCAUGAGCGGCUUCGCCCAGCAGGCUGAGAGCAUGGGCGAGGGGAUGGCCAGUACCGUCAUGCGGGGCUUCGCCCCCGAUGCCGUCCCCGUCUACUCCGCCCUCGCGGAGGAGUUCGCGGUGUUCGACCGGUGGUUCGCCUCCGUCCCGGCCUCCACCCAGCCCAACCGCUUCUACGUUCACUCCGCCACCUCCCACGGCGCCACCAGCAACGUGCGCCGGGACCUCGUUCAUGGCUUUCCCCAGAAGACCAUCUUCGACUCCCUCGACGAGGAUGGCCUCAGCUUCGGCGUCUACUACCAGAACAUCCCCGCCGUGCUCUUCUUCAAGAGCCUGCGUAAGCUCAAGCACCUCGUCAAGUUCCACAGCUACAAACUGGCCUUCAAGCUGGACGCCAAGCUGGGCCGGCUGCCCAACUACGUCGUCAUCGAGCAGCACUACUUCGAUGUGAAGCUCUCCCCGGCCAACGAUGAUCACCCCUCCCACGACAUCGCCAGGGGUCAGAGGCUUGUGAAGGAGGUUUACGAGACGCUCCGGGCGAGCCCACAGUGGAAUGAGACGGCCCUGCUCAUCACCUAUGACGAGCAUGGUGGAUUCUACGACCACGUGCCUACUCCUGUCACAGGGGUGCCCAACCCUGAUGGCAUAAUCGGCCCCGACCCUUUCUACUUCAAGUUUGAUAGGCUGGGGGUUCGAGUUCCCACCAUCCUGAUCUCCCCUUGGAUCGAGAAGCGCACCGUGAUCCAUGAACCUAAAGGGCCAACUCCACAUUCACAGUUUGAGCACUCUUCCAUUCCAGCAACGGUAAGGAAAUUAUUUAACCUGAAUUCGAAUUUUCUCACAAAGAGAGAUGCUUGGGCUGGGACGUUCGAGAGCCACUUAUCCAUCCGGAAGACACCACGGACUGAUUGCCCAGAGAAACUCCCAAAGGUGAAGUCAUUGAGGCCAUUUGGACCAAGGGAAGACAAGGUGCUGUCGGAGUUUCAGGUGGAACUGAUCCAACUCGCUUCUCAGCUCAAUGGAGACCAUGUGCUUAACACCUAUCCAUACAUUGGCGAGGGCAUGACUGUGGGUCAAGCAAACAGGUAUGCCGAGGAUGCGGUCGCAAGGUUCCUGGAAGCUGGCAGGGCUGCAUUGAGGGCCGGAGCAAAUGAGUCCGCCAUUGUCACGAUGAGACCUGCUCUAACUAGCCGGAUUAGUGGAUGGUCUUCCGAUGCCUCCGCCCAAAGCAUUUAGUUCUAAACACAUACCUCAAUACUAGUAGUUGUUUUAGAGGUUUCAAGAGAAACAAUGGAAUGCUUGAACUGGUAAGGUAAAAAGGACUUCCCAUGUAAAUGAUGUCCUCCUAUAAACCAUGAACGAUUGGUGGAUUCUUGUCAUAAGAAGUGUGUUUCUUGGUUCCUUCC